CCGUCUUCAUGGACCAUAUCCGAAGUGUAGAAGCCCAGAACCUUGGCUCUGGCACUGCCGCCUCACGCCGAAAGCUCGUAGGAAUCAAAUGCAUUGCGAGCGGUGCUGGAGGAGAUCGAAUGAGAUCUACCACGCGCAGUUGGCUACCGGGCCCAUCGAACGCUGGUGACAAGAAUCUCGUCGGAAGUCUGUGAAUCGGAGGCUCGGGUUGAUCCAUCUGUGCCCCUGUGGACAGCGAUUGCAAGGGCAAAUCAAGGCGCAAAGGGCGAAGCGCAGAUACGUCUCGAAACCGCACUAAAAGAGCACCGGAGGACGAGAUGGAUGCCCAGUUCCAGAGGUAUGAUCGCUUCGACCAAGGGCUGGAGAGUUGCUGAGGUCGCUGAAGGGUGGGUGAGGGGCGCCACGAGGUCCAGCAUUCGUCACAGCUCUCUUAAAAGCUCUGCAGCAUCCGCCGUGUCCACCUUCUGCUUCACCCACCGCGCUCAAUCGCGCUCUCCAGGCUAAGAAAGGUUCGCGCUCGGGGCACACUCGCUCUUCCAUCCGAAGAACUUCAGCCUGCUGCAGGAACAGAGUCGUGGACGGGCAUUGAGACUUCCUUCGAAGGCAGAAAGGCAGAAAAAUCCUCCAGGCGAGACCAUCUCGGCCAUUGUCGGAGCCAUCGAUGGAGCCAUCACCGAGCCAGACGCAAUCGCCGACCCCGAAAUCGGGCGUUCUCGUCGCACUGGAUGAGCUCGACAAGUGGGUAUCCGUGAAGGUGCACGAAAUUGGCCGGAGGAUUCCUCGAUCGACUCUUCGCGCGUUGGAGCAUUCAGGGGACGGCCGAUUCUGCAUCCCGAUUACUGCCGCAAUCUGGGUAACCCCCGUUCUCUUCAAAUUCCCGGAGCUGCGCAGCUUCUUGCUCAAUUUGUUCGUGGCUUUUAUGUUCGAUCUGGUUUUCAUCGGCACGCUCAAGUCGAUCAUUCGCCGCCCUCGACCCGUCUACAACAAGGGCAUGUACGUGUUCGUCUCGGUGGAUCAUUGGUCUUUCCCCAGUGGCCAUGCUUCCAGAGCUCUCAUGGUGGCCGCAUUCUUCUGGUUCUACGAGCCAAUGUGGGGCGUUCUCUGCACCGAGCAUCUCGUCCCCACUGCCAAGCCAUACCUGGACCAGCUGUACCCAGGCAGCGGCAUGGUUCUCUCCAGCCUGAAGGCACUGGUCGCUCCCGCAGCGUUGUAUCUUCUGAGCAUGUGGGCCGUGGCCACUGCCAGUUCCCGGGUGCUGUUAGGCCGGCAUUACGUCAUGGAUGUCAUGGCAGGUUCCGCCAUUGGCCUCUUAGAAGCUUCAUUCUUGCAUUCUUUUCUUCACAUUUCCCCGAGUGUAUCUCAAUCCUUGCAUUCUUGGCUGCUGGCCAAGCUUGGAAUCCCCAAUCUGCAGUAGCUCGUCUGCUCCCGCAGUGUACAAUACAUCGACGAAACCUGUAAUUCAGUUCAUUCGAAAAUGCUGCGAUCUCAAUUCUUGAUCGAUAGAGGAUUGUUGUAUCUUUUCAUCGAAACUAUUGUUAUCGAUUCUUUGGCAUAGCUCUGUCUCUGUGUGAGAGACUGAAAUGUAGGAGCAUAACAAAAGCUCCAGACUUUGUUACUGUCCA